UUCCAUUUGUUUUCACGGCCCCACCCAAACGGGCUCAGGUGCGCCUCCGCCCACUUGUUGCGGCUCCCGAGUGCGGAAACGUCUCGGUCCACUUCCCCGCUGCGCCCAUGGCGUCCUCUUCGGUUCCGACGCCCGACAGCGGAGCUUCGUGGCCUCCCGGGAGCUCGGAGCUCGGCGCGCUGCACCCGAUGGCUCCCCCGAGCCUCGAGGAAGUCGACGCGAGUUCGGAGAAACUCACCUCGUCCGGCGUCAACCGCAUCCUGACCGAAUUCUUGAUGUACUUCCUCCGCGGCGCGGUGCUCUUGUACCCGGUCUACCUGACGGGCUACCUCGGCCUGAGCGUCAGCUGGCUGCUGCUGUGCAUGCUCAUGGUCACCUGGUGGAAGAAGAACCGCCAGUGGAAGGCAUCUCGCAUCGGGGGCGCCAUCGACUUUGUGGACAACGAGACGCAGGUGGUGAGCACGGAGCUGAAGAAUUCCCUGCAGAUGGCAUCGUGGAUCCAAUUCACCGACGUGGAGAAAGUGGAGUGGGUUAACAAGGUGGUGGAGCAGGCUUGGCCUUUCUUCGGGAUGUUCAUGGAGAAGCUCCUGCGGGAAAACAUCCAGGCGGCCAUCCAGCAGUCCAGCUCCGAGCUCAAGACCUUCACCUUCACCAAGAUCCACUUUGGACACAUUCCGCUCCGCAUCGUCGGAAUCAAAGCGUACACGGACGAGGUGGAUCACCGGGAGGUGGUUCUGGACAUGACUAUCAAUUACGAAGGCGACGUGGACAUCGACGCCGAGCUCAAGUCGGCCAUCACGGCGGGCGUCAAAGGACUCAAACUGCGGGGGAUGAUCAGGGUGAUUCUGGAGCCGCUCGUCGAACAAGCACCGCUCGUGGGAGGAGUCACCUUCUUUUUCAUCCAACGGCCGACCCUGGAAAUCAACUGGACGGGCAUGACCAACAUUUUGGACAGCCCCGCCUUCAGCUCCUUGUCCGAGGGGACCAUCAUGGACGUCAUCGCCUCCCUCAUGGUGCUGCCCAACCGCAUGUGCUUUCCGCUCAUUGACCAAGUCAAAGUGGACCAGAUGCGCUUCCCGCUGCCUCGCGGUGUGGUGAGAGUCCACUUGCUGGAGGCCAGGGACCUGGUGGCCAAGGACACGUAUAUGCUGGGCAUGGUCAAGGGCAAGUCGGACCCGUACGCCGUCCUCCGCGUCGGCGACCGCAAGGUUAAGAGCAAGACCAUCAAGGAGAAUCUGCACCCCAGAUGGGCGGAGGUCUACGAGUUUGUGGUCCACGAGGCACCGGGACAAGAGCUGGAAGUGGACAUUUUUGAUGAAGAUAGAGACAAAGACGACUUCAUCGGAAGGUAUCGCCUGGAUCUGGGAGAAGUGAAGAAGGAGAAAGAAAUGGAUCAGUGGUUUCCUCUGGACGGGGUCCCGAGUGGAGAAGUUCAUCUGAAGCUUUGUUGGCUUUCACUCCAAAGUGACACCACUCUGAUGAAGGAGUCUUCCGACGGCUACGCCUGUGCCAUGCUGGCCGUGUAUCUGGACAACGCCUCCAACCUUCCCAAAGACCGCAGUGAGAUCGAGCAUCACCAAAAAAAGAAGCACGGGCGAGAAGGUCGGCUCACGAGGAAGUCUGCAGGUCCGAGCUCCUUUACGGAAAUUUCCAUCGAUGACGACGUUCAGAAAAGCAAGGUUGUGUUUGCCAAAAAAGACCCCGUAUGGGAGGAGGGCUUCACUUUCUUUGUCCAUGACGUCAGAACGCAGCAGCUCGUUGUUCAGGUGAAAGAGCACGAGAAGAAGACGCAACUGGGCAUUCUCCGCCUGCCCCUCGCCCGCUUUGUCAACAUCUCCAGCAUGAUGCUGGACCAGCGCUUCCAGCUGGAGCAGUCCGGUGCCAACAGCCAGAUCAAACUCAAGGCCACGCUCAGGGUUCUUAAGGUGGAGCAGCCUGAACCCAAACCGGUGAACCCACAAAUGGCGGCGAGCAACGCCGGCGCGUCCUCCCUCAGCGCGCUUUCCACCAGCACCAGUCUCGCCAGUCAGGCCUCGUCGGCAGCCUUCCCCCCGGACGACUACUCCAACCACCGGCGGGCCUCCUAUCUGGCGUCGGAGGCUUUGAGGCCGUCCCCGGCCACCCUGAGCAUGCGGCGUUACGACUCGCACAGCCUCUUGUCCGAGAACGCUCUGGCGGCGUCGCGCUUCGAUCUGGUGGACGGGGCCUCCUAUCCCGAGGUCCUCCGCAAACAUCGCGGCUCCUUGGGAGAGAUCAGCCUGACAGUGCGCUACGCCACCUUGAGGAAAAAACUGGUCAUCAUGGUCAACGGCUGCAGAGAUAUCUUCCCCUGCAGCGAAAACGGAACGGACUCUUACGUGCGGCUGUACCUGCUCCCGGACCAGAGCUGGAGGCACCGCAAGCGGACCCACGUCAAGAAGAGGACCGUCAAUCCCGUCUUUGAUGAGAAAUUUGAGUUUGACGUGAGCCUGGAAGAGGCCCUCACGCGCACCUUGGAUGUGGCGGUGAAAAACAACAAGAUGUUCCACAUGCGGGAAAGGAAGGACAUUGGCAUGGCGCUGAUCAAUCUCGCCCAGCUGGAUCUUGUCAAGGGUGUCAAAGACUGGUACAAGCUCUCGUUACAAGGCCCGAAGAGUCGAAGCAACAGCACAAACGAUGCUUCCGGAUCAAGCUCCUUUUCUAAGUGAUUUGAAGACGUUACUGUAGACUAACUGGGUUGAUGUUACAUAUCUGAGAAAUAUUUUUCUGCGCUACUCUCAUUUUUGUCAGCUUUGAUUUACAAGCUGUUCUGCAUCGUGAUGUCAUUUUUUUUAUGGUGUUUUUGUCAUAUGUUAAGGGAUGGUAAAAAAAUAAAAACCAAACAGUUUUGAUUUGUUUUUGUUUUUUAAUUA